CCUCUGUCAUCCUCCUCAUCUUCGUCGUCGUCGUCGCCGCCGUCGCCUCUGCCGCCUCCGCCGCCACCACUGUCAUCCUUUUCGUCUUCGCGGUCGUCGUCGUCGUCAUCGUUGUUGUCGUCGUCGUCGUUGCGGUCGUCGUCGUGGUCGUCGUCGUCGUCGUGGUCGUCGUCGUCGUCAUCGCCGUCGUCGUGCGCAGCCGUUUUGGCUGAAGCCACGUUGACUCAAGUGCAGCAUAGCGACUCCCGAGCCAGCACGCAUUGGGCAGUUGUCUUUGCCGCUCCACUCGCUGCAGUGGGUUCCGGCGCAUCAUCUGUGAAGGACGCGAAGAAGGUCAUCGCCGACACGAGCGUGGAGGACCUGAGUGCGGGUCUGGGAGAGCUGUCUGCUGAGGAGAAGGCGAAGCUCCUCGCCGCACUCCAGGGCGGCUCCAGCGGCGGCGCGGGCCUGGUCGACGUCUCCUCGCUCACGAAGAUCGCCAAGGAUGACCUCGGCCUCCUGCCGCAGCCGGCCGCCCCCAAGUUCAAGGGCGCGGUCAUCCAGAUCUACGUGCGGGACCAGCCCUACGGCGGCGCUGACAAGAGCUCCAACGGCCACCGCUACGACUCCGUUCCGUUUGCCAACGGCAUGAUCAUGGCUGGCAUGAGCUGUCAGUUGAUCCACUACGUUCACCAGGAGCACGAUAAGUUCUUCGAGGUUGCCGCCAAGUUUGACUUCCUCAUCGUCCGCUGCAACCCGGGUCAGAUCAAGGCCGACGGCGGUGACCAGCAGAAGUUCGAUGACGCCAUUAUGGGCCUGCGCGCGAAAGGCAUCCAGGCCUGGCCCUCGCCCACCGUGAUGGAGAAGAUGGGCGCCAAGGACGCCCUUUGCAAGAUCGCCAAUCUCAACAUCGGCCUUGAGGACACUCUGGCGUACUACGACGAGGAGUCAUUUGCUGCGGGCUUCAAGAAGACCAUGGCCUUCCAGCCGCGCGUGAUCAAGCAGAACCGCGGCUCUGCGGGCGAGGGCAUCUGGAUCAUCAAGCUGAAGGAGGGCAACUACUGUUCGACUUUCGGCGAGCGCAGCUGCGAGGACGGCGAGGUUCUGGACAUGAUGGAGGCCAACGACAACCAUUCGGAGGAGCACACCGUGGGGGAGUUCAUCGAGUUCUGCGUCAAUGGCCGCACCGACAAGUCCGGCACGUGGACGUCCAAGGGUGUGGGCAAGUAUUUGGAGGGUGGCAAGGAGGCUGGAGGCCAGCUCGUGGACCAGCGCUUCUGCCCCCGCAUCGUGGAGGGCGAGCUGCGCUACAACUGCAUCGGUGGUGUCCUCGUCGGCAUCAUCCACAAGAAGCCCAAGGAGGGAGGAAUCUCCGCCGUCGGCGGCACGGGCUCCAUCUACACCUACUACGGCCCAGAUGAGGUCAAGUUCGCGAACCUCACCAAGAAGUUCCUGACGGACGACCUGCCGCUGGUCAUGCCCGCGCUGGGCCUCGCAGAGGAGCCCAUCCCGCUCUGGUGGACCACUGACUUCAUUCUCGCCUCGCCCGAGGGCACGCCCGCUGAGGAGGAGAAGUGGAUCGUGGGGGAGUUCAACUGCUCGUGCGUCGGCAUAUCCAAGUGCCUCGCGGCUUACUGCAAGGACGACACCCCAGAGGCCAAGUUCACCGACAUCACGGGUGAGGACAUGGAGGCCGUGAACGACUACGCGAAGAAGUUGGGCGAGGUUGCCUUGAGCAUUCUGGACAAGGCAAAGGCUUAGUCGGGCCAGGUGAUGCAGGGAUGCAUAGCACGUCGCUCCUGCGCCUGCUUCGUUUGCUCUGGUGGAUGUGGCGCGGCCAGCUUGCAGCUGCCGGGCACAAUACGUGCUUACUCACCUGUUGUUUUUGGAACUUUCGCCACCGCUCUGCGGACCUUUGUCGCACCAGAGCCGCGCGCUUGAGGCCGUUCGUCGGCCUCGCGGUUUCCACGCGUUAGACGCAGUUUUGCUUCAACAGGGUGCGCAGUCACAUCAGGAGGUCAUGAGGAACGGGAUUUGGACAGUGACCUCUAGGGUCAGUUUGACUCGGACCCCGAAAGUCACUACCUCAGUUUGGAGUUGCUGGACUCGCAUUUUGGCUUGGUACCGCCCAUCAGCUGCGAUCCCAUCGGAAUUUGGUGGGCGGGGCUGGGUUCUGCUUCGCGGCGCCGCUGACUGACAAGCAAGCCGCUGCCUGCUCGUGACGCAGCUAAUACGAUAUGUUUCGCUGCCUGGCAGCGCGAGGUCGUCGUCGCCGUCGUCGUCGCGGUCGUCGUCGCGGUCGCCGUCGCCGCCGCUGCCGCCGCCGCCGCUGUCUUCCUCUUCGUCGUCGUCGUCGUCAUCGCCGCCGCCGCCGCCGCUGUCUUCCUCCUCGU